AUGCAAAACAGAAAUCCUCCUUUGAAGAAGCAACGAACUUUCGAAGCUGUUAACCUAAACGAGAUGGACAGUAAAAGAGAAAAUUGUGAAAACCAAAAUAUGGUGGAUGAUAUGGAAAAUAAUAAGAUAGAUGCAGAUUUAUACUCAAGGCAAUUAGGAACCUACGGAUUUGAAUUAAUGAACAAGUUAAUAAAACUAAAUAUUUUAAUAAUAAACGUGAAGAGUGUAGGUUUAGAAUGUGCAAAAAACUUGAUAUUAUCUGGACCUAAGAGUGUAUGUAUUUAUGAUAAUGAUAUAUGUCAUAUAAGUGAUGUGGGUGUGAAUUUUUAUAUUGAUGAAAAAGAUGUAGAGAAAAAAAUCUGUCGAAGUGAUGCAGUGUUGAAACAUUUACAAGAACUAAAUAAUUAUGUACAUACAUAUAAUUACAAAGGACCGAUAGAAAAAGAUAUAAUAAAAAAUUUCGAUAUUGUUGUUUGUUGUGAUAUAAAUAAUGAAAAUAUUCUAAAGUAUAACAAUAUGAUUAGAAGUAUAGAAAAUAAAAAGAAAAUAGCUUUUUUAUGUUGUAAUAUUUAUGGCUUAUGUGGAUAUAUUUUUGUUGAUUUUAAUAAAAAUUUCAUAUGUUAUGACAGAAAUGGGGAAAAUGAAAAAAGCUGUAAUAUAAGCAAAAUAAGUAAUGAAAUUGAAGCUAAAAUUUCUUUUGAUUUUGAAAAAAGUAAUCCUUUUGAAAAUGGCGAUUAUGUAAAAUUUACAAACGUAGAAGGAAUGACUGAAAUAAAUAAUAAAAUUUAUAAAGUGAAAAACGUUAAAAAGUAUACCUUUACCAUUGGUGAUACAACAAAAUUUAGCACAUACAUUAAAGGCGGGGUGUGCACACAGGUUAAAAGUCAGGUGAAGUUAAAUUUUCAGCCGUAUGAGUAUAUAAGUAAAAACCCGAUAUUUUUGGACACCUGUAAAAAGGGGAAUACCAACUGUUUAAAAGAAAUGAACGAUGAGCAGCACGUGAUGAAUAGUGGUUCUAGCACGAAUGGUACUAAUCAUGAGGGGUAUGAUGCGUCCGCGAUAUAUGAGGAGAUGGGGUUACCGACUAGCUUCAUUAUAUCCGAUUAUGCAAAACACGAUAUGAGUAACCAUCUGCAUUAUGCCAUUCAAGCGUUGAAGUGGUAUGAAUCUAAUAAUAACAAUAUGCUUCCAGAAAAUUACGAGGAAGAAGCUUUUGAAAAAAUCUACAAACAAGCAGUCAAACUAAAUGAACAAGAUAAAGAAGCGAAAAAAAUAUUUUGUGUUGAUAAAAUAAGAAAAGAUAUUGUUUUUAAAGUAGCCAGGUACUCGAAAUCUCAUCUGGCUCCUAUUGCUUCCUUUUUUGGGGGACUGCUAGCACAAGAAGUAAUAAAAUUUACUGGUAAAUAUAUGCCAAUAUAUCAGAUUCUGUAUUUGGAUUUUUUCGAAUGCAUUUCCCAUCCAAUGGAAGGGGAAACGAUGGAAGCAGAAACUUUGGGUGUAGGCACCGCAUCUGCAGGGGAAGAACCGAAACCGGACGUAAACGAAAUAAGAAGAGAAAACUGCAAGAACGAUAACGUAAUAAGCGUGUUUGGGAAAUCAUUCCAAAAUAAACUAAACGAACUGCAUGUGUUUUUAGUAGGCUCAGGGGCGCUAGGAUGUGAGUAUGCAAAGUUGUUUUCACUACUUGACAUGUGUUCUCGUACAAAAGAUGGAAAGCUAACAAUUACGGAUAACGACAACAUUGAAGUGUCCAAUUUGAAUAGACAAUUUUUAUUUAGAAGAGAAAAUGUGGGUAAAUCUAAAUCGUUAGUUGCAUCAGAAAUUAUAAAGAAUAAGAAUAAAAACAUGAAUGUACAUCCACUUGAAACCAAAGUAGCACCAGAAAAUGAACAUAUAUUUAAUGAGAAAUUUUGGACUAAACAAAAUAUAAUAGUGAAUGCACUAGAUAACAUUCAAGCAAGACAGUAUGUGGAUAACAAAUGUGUAUGGUAUUCUAAACCUUUGUUUGAAUCUGGUACACUGGGUACAAAAGGAAAUGUUCAGGUUAUAAUUCCCUUCCUUACUCAAUCAUAUAAUGAUAGUUAUGAUCCACCAGAGGAUUCGAUUCCCUUAUGUACAUUGAAACAUUUCCCAUAUGACAUUGUUCAUACAAUUGAAUAUGCAAGAGAUAUAUUCCAGGGGUUAUUCUACAAUGUACCUCUAAGUAUACAACAAUUUUUGAAUGAUAAAAAGAAAUAUAUUAAAAAGAUACAAGAGGAGGGGAAUAAUGCUUCACUACUAGAAACAUUACAAAGUAUGAUCAGUACAAUGAAGGAUAUUUCACGACAGUGUAAUUUUGACUUGUGCAUUAAAAAGACUGUCGACCUUUUUCAUAUAAAUUUUAUUAAUCAGAUAAGUCAACUAUUACAUUCUUUUCCACUUGACUAUAAAUUAUCAAGUGGGGAAUACUUCUGGGUUGGACAGAAGAAACCCCCACAAUGUAUACCUUUCGAUGUAAAUAACGAUUUGGUUAAAGAGUUUUUGCUUAGCACAUCAAACUUGUAUGCACAAGUGUAUAAUAUAUCUCCUUGUUAUGAUAUAAAUUAUAUCAGUCACGUGGCAAGCAAAAUUCAAGUAGAACCAUUUCAACCAAAAAGAGUAAAGGUAAACAUUGAUGAAAAAAAUAUGAACAAUAUAUCCUUUACAGUUUUACAAGAUGAAAAACUUAUUGAAGAUUUUUGUAAUGAGCUCAUGAAUAUAAAUACUACUAAUAUUAAAGCUACACCUAUCGAAUUUGAUAAAGAUGAAGAAACAAGUUUACAUGUAAAUUUUAUAUAUGCAUUUGCUAAUUUAAGAGCAAUAAAUUACAAAAUUGAUACUUGUGAUAAAUUAAAGGCAAAAAUUGUAGCAGGAAAAAUUAUUCCUGCAUUAGCAACAACUACAUCAAUUAUAACAGGUUUAGUUGUAAUAGAAUUAUUAAAAUAUGUAAAUUAUUAUGAUGCUAUUCAGACAUAUCUUACCCUAUCAGAUGAACAGAAGAAGAAACAAAAAAUUGAUAUUAUAUCCUUAUUCAAAAAUGCCUUUAUAAAUUCUGCAUUGCCUCUUUUCCUAUUCUCGGAGCCUAUGCCUCCCCUCAAAAUGACAGAUAAAGACUAUGACGAGCUUAUGAAGGGUCCUAUCAGGGCAAUACCGAAUGGAUUUACUUCCUGGGAUAAAAUACACAUUUCGAUGAAGAACGGAACCAUCAAAAACCUUAUAGAUUACAUAAACGAAAAGUACUCUAUAGAAGUGAACCUAAUCUCCGUCGGAAAUGCUUGCCUCUAUAACUGCUAUCUACCUGCGCACAACAAGGAAAGGCUAAACAAACCCAUUCACGAAAUUUACAUGCAAAUAACAAAACAGGAACUGUUGGAUGACAAAGAUUACAUUAUUGUCGAGGCAAGCUGCAGUGACCAAGAUCUCGUGGAUGUGUUGAUUCCUUCCAUCAAAUUUAUAUACAAGUGA